AUGAAAUGUAAACGGGCCAGUGAGAGUUCCCAACCCUCAACACUGAGCAUUGAGGCCAAGCAAAAGAAAAGACUGAACGCAAAGGAAUAUAGGAAACAAAAACGCUCUGAGUUUGAACCGCUACAAAGUUUAAUAUCCCAAUUUCAUGAUAUUGUCUCACAAGGUCCUCUUUAUAUUUGCACUUGUUGUGACCAAUUAUGGUACAAACAUAGUGUCAUUCCAGUCACAACACUUAUAGAAAAUAAUCCUGAUGUUCGAAAAAGAUUGUUAAAUACAAAAAGUGUUAAUAAUAUGGAGUGGUUGUGUAAAACUUGUAAUAAGUAUUUAAAAAACAAUAAGGUGCCUCCUUGUGCUGCCAUAAAUGGGCUGCAGUUUCCAGAAAAACCUUCGUUUUUCGAUCUAAAUGAAUUAGAGUGUAGAUUGCUUGCUCCAAGACUUGCAUUUCAAAAAUUAAUGCAGGCUCCUAGAGGUAGACAACUAAAAAUAAAUGGAAACAUUGUUAAUGUUCCAGCAGAUGUUGUUAAUACUGUUAACAUGUUGCCAAGGUUUCCAAAUGAGACCAGCACAAUUAAAGUUAACCUUAAGAGAAGAUUGCAAUACAAAAGUUCAGCUUUAUCACUAAAUGUCAGACCAAAUAAAGUGGCAGAAGCUGCCAAAUGGCUUGUGAAUAAUGGUAACCUUUAUAAAGAUGAAGGUAUAACUUUCAAUGACACUUGGCUUGAAGAUAAUUCAAAUACUCGAAUGCUAUUUGAUGAUAGUGACAAUGAUCAAACCUCAGAGGGUUCAGAAAAUGUUGUGAACUGUAAUGCAGAAAUCUUGAAUUGUGAUACAGAAUGUAAAAUCCAGCAAUCAUCAGCUUGUGAUGAUGAUGAACAUUGGAGUGAAGAUUUGGCAGAAAUACCUGCUGGAAUCACUGACACUAUGUUAACAUCUCCAGAUUUUGUCACUGAUAAUGAACGUCAGCAUAUUUUAAAUGUUGCACCUGGUGAGGGAAAUAGGCCUAUGAGUAUAUUUAGAGAUAAAUACUCAGAGGAAUUAGCAUAUCCUGGUAUAUUUCUUGGACAGAAGCGACCAGACAAUACAAAUAGACUAACCAAAGUCCAUUAUAGUGAAAUUUGUAAAUCUGAAUUAAGACGGUCUGACCGAAGGGCAGCAAUGUGUGUGGAAAAUAUUUUCUUUAAAACCAAACUGCACAAGUUGUUAGAAAACAGUUUCCAUUUAGACCCGCUGCUGCUAAGACAAUUCACCGUUCACAAGGUGACACUGAACAAAAAAUUGUUGUAA